AUGGUUACCAAAUCAUUCGACAUCCGUAUCGUUCGUGAACUCUGCUCAAAAGAUCAACUAGACCUGCUCGACUCUGUAGAUCGUCUACGCUCUCAGGGAAUCGACCAUUAUGUCUCUCUGCCACAGAUCAUCGUUUGCGGCGAUCAGUCUUCCGGCAAAAGCUCUGUCCUUGAAGCUAUCUCCGGUGUCUCUUUUCCGGUCAAGAGCAGCCUAUGUACUCGUUUCCCAACCGAAUUAGUCUUACGAAAGACAUCAAAGAUCGGCGUCAGCGUCUCCAUCGUCCCAGAUCGCUCGCGUAGUGAAGUAGAGCGCGAAUCUCUUAGCAGUUUUCGCGAGACGCUCGACAGCUUCGCUGCACUCCCAACAUUGAUCGAGAAUGCCAAAACAGCCAUGGCCAUUGGAAGUCUUGGUCGAGCUUUUUCGAAAGAUCUCUUACGGGUUGAAGUGUCGGGUCCUGACCGACCGCAUCUUACGAUUGUAGACUUGCCGGGCCUUAUCCAUUCAGAGACAAAGCAGCAAUCUGCAGCUGAUAUCGAACUCGUACAAGAUGUCGUCAAGUCGUACAUGAAAGAGCCCAGGAGCAUCAUCCUCGCGGUUGUAUCUGCAAAGAACGAUUAUGCCAACCAGGUUGUGCUGAAGCUCGCCCGAGCUGCCGACAGAACCGGAACUCGCACGCUUGGUGUGAUCACCAAACCUGACACUCUGGUUCCAGGAUCUGACAGUGAAGCCAUGUACAUCUCGCUCGCUAAAAACCUUGAUGUGGAGUUCCGUCUUGGAUGGCACGUUCUCAAGAACAUGGAUUCGGAAUCUGGAUCCGGGACACGUUCAAAUCGUGAUGAGGAGGAAAGUCAUUUCUUUUCCAACGGCAUAUGGCCCACGCUGCCUGGAUCUAUCCUGGGUAUCGUGCCAUUGAGAGAGCGACUGAGCAAACUCCUUCUUGUCCAGAUCGCAGCGGAACUCCCGAGUCUUGUGGAUGAGAUCGAACUCAAGUCUGCCGCUUGUCGCACUGGACUCGAAAAGCUAGGCCAGCCUCGGGCUAGUAUCGAAGAACAACGCCAAUAUCUAAUCACCCUCAGCCAAGCAUGCCAAGCCCUCACCAAAGCCGCUGUCGACGGGACCUACAACGACGACUUCUUCGGUAACGCGAAAACUGACGUUGGCUAUCAGAAACGCAUUCGUGCUGUGGUACAGAACCUCAAUCAGUCUUUUUCAGAGACAAUGGCGCGCGAGGGACACCGCUUUGUCAUCACCGACUCUUCGGACGCAAGUCUUCUACAAGCUAGUAGACCGAAGGAAAAUAUCCUUAGCCGGUCAGAGUUCCUUAAGCGUAUCGAGUUCCUCAUGAACCGUACCCGCGGCCGCGAACUCCCCGGCACCUUCAACCCCAUGGUAGUAUCAGACCUCUUCUUCGAGCAGUCAUCACCCUGGGAAGAGCUUGCGAAAGCUCACAUUGUACAAAUUGUAAGUGCGGUUCGGGCUUUUCUCAGACACCUCACCUCCCAUGUUUCAGAUAUUUCUACAUGCGGUGCAUUAUUUCAAACCCUAGUAGAACCUGCACUCGAGAGGAUUUCGGAAGAUGUGAAAAGCAAGACAACAGAACUGCUUGCUUCACAUCAGCGCGGGCACCCCAUCACCUACAACCACUACUUCACAGAGAUGGUGCAGCAAGUCAGAGAGAAAAGAAUCACAGCAGAACUCACGCGCAUCAUCCAAGACGUCUUCGGCGUUAGCUCACUUUACCCGUCUGGAAAAUCUCGAUGCGUAGAGAUGGACUAUCGGCCGUUGCUAGAUGCACUCGUAGCGCAUAGAAACCCUGAUUUGAAUCAGUAUGCGUGCUCCGAGGCGCUGGACUGCAUGCAGGCCUACUACAAAGUCGCCCUUAAACGCUUCGUGGACGACAUUGCUGUUGAAGCUGUAGAAAAAGAUAUCAUCGCUAAACUCAGCAAUAUCGUUUCGCCGAUCAGAGUUACCUCUCUUGCCUCUGAUGUGGUGACAGAUAUUGCAGGCGAGUCCGAGGGGAGCCGAGCUGAGCGCAGCCAGUUGGAAACGCAACUGGGCGUACUAGUCCAGGGGUUAGAGACAUGUAAAAGAUUCAUGGUAGAAACGCUACAAGGUAAGCAUCAAACCAUGUUGUCAGCAGAUGUUAUAUUUAGAGCAAGUAUAAACUAA